AUGGACGAGGCCGCCGCGGCGAGAAUUCGAAAGGCACGAGGGGAACAGGACGAAUUCGCAAGACGAGCAGCCGUGGCGGCGAGGACGAACAAGGACAACAGCGCCGGGGGUCAAACAGAGCAGCGAGGUGGCAGCGGGCAGAGUGGUGCCAUCGGCGCGGACUGGAACCAGGGGCCUCUGCCAGGCUCAAGAUCUCAUCCUCUCAAGCAUGACCUAAGUAUCCACGCGACAAUGGACGCCAACGUCCAGAGACUCUUGAACGACAAGCUCUAUGACAAACGUAAAGUCGGAGCGCUCGAGUUGGAACGCGUCAUUCGGGAUCUUGUAGCCUCGAAAGACUACAACAGAGUUGAAGCGAUCCUCGAGCAGCUUUGCAACGAGUAUGCAUAUGCGGUUCAUCAGCCCCAUGCCAGGAAUGGCGGCUUGAUUGGCUUAGCAGCGGCUGGAAUAGCUCUAGGUUCAUUAGGCGCGGAUUCUGAACUGUCAGUGAAGAACGGAGCGGAACUCCUUGAUCGGCUUGUCAAAGAUAUUGUCUCCGAGUCGGCAGCCUCUUAUGUCUCUGUCCUCGAGACCGAGCCUGAGUAUGGCGGGCCAGAGAAAGACUUCAGCGAGGACCGACCUCGCCCACCAACUGCCUUCUCCCUGCAGCGGUUCAUCCCACUUCUGAAGGAUCGAAUAUGGGUUAUAAACCCAUUCACUCGCCAAUUUCUUGUAGGCUGGAUCACUCUUCUAGAUUCUAUCCCAGACCUUGAAAUUGUCACUUUCCUUCCCGGCUUCCUCGCCGGCCUACUCAAAUUCCUGAGUGAUACCAACAAGGACGUGCAAGUGGCUACACAGGCCUGCCUGAACAAAUUUCUCAACGAAAUCAAGAGGAUUUCUAGGGUCAAGAAGGGCUUGGCUGAGAGCAAGAAGUCUCGAGAGGGCGGCAAGAGGAAACGAGAGGACUCAGUCGAUUCAGGCAGCCUCCAGGAUGGCCUGCAGGAAGGCGACGAGAUUGACUCUCAGAUGUCGGGUGAUGACGACGAUGUGAGCGCCGAAGAGGACUGGGUGCCUGGGCAGGACGUCCACAUCAACUACCGAGAGAUCCUCGAUAUUUUGACGGCGACCUUGGACUCUCCACUAGAGGUUUUGCCUUUCACGCCCAAGGUUCUUGCGCACAUGUUGCCUGCCAUGGCAAGCGGCUCAGAAUCGAUUCGUCAAGCCGCAGUCCGGGUCAACAGUGGUCUGUUGGACUACGUUGUGUCGUUAUCGGAUGAACCCGAUAUGGGAACGCAGUAUCACCACCAAUCGCGCCUGCCAACGUUCGGAGAACGGCCGGAUGGCACUGUUAGUGCUCGUGCCUCCCUUUCCAGCUCCCGCGAGCUCGAUGUACGAAGUCCGACGCCCGCCCAUAAUCGCUCCAUCUCAACGCCCAGCGCUGUUCCGUCUUCAGCUCACCCACAGGCGGAUCUCGAUUACGCAGCUGCCGUUAGCGCUCUUACGUUGCUCUUCCUCAAUGACCACGAGGCUACGAGGGUGGCCGCCUUGACGUGGCUCAUCAUGCUGCAUAGGAAAGCACCGCGCAAGGUCCUGGCAUUCAACGAUGGAACCUUCCCGGCCCUGCUCAAGACGCUGUCUGAUCCAGCAGAAGCUGUCGUGACCAAGGACCUGCAACUGCUGUCGCAGAUUUCACGCAACAGCGAAGACGACUACUUUUCCAACUUCAUGGUCAAUCUCUUGCAGCUUUUCGCUACAGACAGAAAGCUGCUCGAGACCCGCGGAAACCUUAUCAUCCGACAGCUCUGUGUCAGUCUCAGCGCCGAGAGGAUCUACAGAACACUGGCAGAUUGCAUUGAAAAAGAAGAGGAUGUUGAAUUCGCCAGCAUCAUGGUACAGAUUUUGAACAACAACUUGAUUACCGCACCAGAGCUGGCAGAUCUUCGCAAGAGGCUACGCAAUCUCGAGACAAAGGACGGUCAAGCUUUCUUCGUAGCUCUCUUCCGCUCUUGGUGUUACAACGCCGUUGCGACAUUCUCGUUAUGCCUGCUGGCACAGGCAUACGAGCAAGCUUACAACCUCUUGCAGAUAUUUGCGGAGUUGGAGAUGACCGUGAAUAUUCUUAUUCAAAUAGACAAGCUGGUUCAACUCAUCGAAUCACCAGUAUUCACGUAUCUCCGCCUCCAGCUCCUGGAGCCUGAAAAGUUCCCAUAUCUCUACAAGUGCCUCUACGGACUUCUUAUGCUUCUCCCACAGUCAUCCGCCUUUGCUGCCCUCAAGAACCGCCUCAACAGCGUCAGCUCGAUUGGCUAUCUGCAUAUCACACCUCGACCAACGGCGUCGACGUCGGCUGGUGCGAAUUUCGACAGACCCAACAGGCUCAAAGGGCGAGAAGAAGCCAUUGUCAAGUGGGGCGACCUGUUGGAAAAAUUCCGCAGUGUACAGGAGAAAGCUCGGCGGACGCAGAGGCACGCCGGCGAGGGUCUCGACGAUGGCGCCCCGCUGGGUGUCGGUGAUAUUAGACUUGGUGACGGACCAGAAAUGAAGGGAGGAUCCAAAGACACCCGCAACAUGCCGGGGCCGCCAGUCCCGAUGAAAGACCCGUCUACGGUCCCUCCGCCGGCUGCUCCGGCUGCUAAGCGGUCCGGUCUCGGGAGGCAGCUGGGCAGAUUUGGUGGCGCUGUGGCCGGGAGGGGAAAGCGACCUUGA